AUGGCUACCUUUAUCAAAUUAUUUGUUACACUCUCCAUUACUUCUCUCUUAGCAUGUUCUACCGAUGGACAACUUAUCCAUAACUUUUAUGGUGUAACUUGCCCUAGCCUUCAAACUAUUGUGCGUAAUACAAUGAUCAAUGCUAUCAAAAAUGAACCAAGGAUGGGUGCUUCUAUACUUCGCUUGUUCUUCCAUGAUUGCUUUGUUAAUGGAUGCGAUGGAUCAAUCUUAUUAGAUGAUACUGCGACAUUUACCGGUGAGAAAAAUGCAGCACCUAACAAAAAUUCAGCUAGGGGUUUCGGCGUAAUUGAUGCGAUUAAAACCAAAGUUGAAGCUUCUUGCAAAGGCAUUGUCUCUUGUGCAGAUAUUCUAGCACUUGCAGCUAGAGAUGGAGUCUUUCUACUUGGAGGACCUAGAUGGGUAGUACCACUUGGAAGAAGAGAUGCAAGAACAGCAAGCCAAACUGCAGCAAACAACCAAAUUCCAUCACCAUUUUCUGACCUUUCUACCCUCACUAGAAUGUUUUCAGCCAAGGGUCUAACGGUAAAAGAGCUCACUGUUCUCUCUGGUGCACACACCAUAGGCCAAGGAGAGUGUCAAUUUUUCAGAACUCGCAUAUACAAUGAAACCAACAUUGAUCCAAACUUUGCCACUUUGAGAAAAAAAACUUGCCCUUUAUCUGGUGGUGACACCAUAUUAGCACCUCUUGAUACUCUCACUCCAACUAGUUUUGACAACAAUUACUAUCAAGAUCUGGUUGCUAAGAAAGGACUAUUCCAUUCUGAUCAAGUUCUUUUUAAUAAUGGGUUUCAAGAUAAUUUGGUUAGAAGUUAUAGUACUAAUAGGGCUACUUUUUUUAAUGACUUUGUUGCUGCUAUGAUAAAGUUGAGUGAAAUUAGUCCUCUCACGGGGACUAAGGGGGAGAUUAGAAGGAAUUGCAGACUUGUUAAUUGA